AUUUUAUUUUAUAAACCAGAAAUAAGGAGAGAUAGAGAAAAAGCAGAAGAGAUUAUCCGUUGGUAGGGUUGAGGCUUUGAGCAAAGUGGAAAAAUGAGAGCCACACUUCCAUCAACGACUCCCCAGCUUAGGACUUUCACUUCUCCACCGCUUUCUUUCGACCGUUCCUUCGCUUUCCCGGAAAACAGAAGAAAACUAAGCGGUACCAGCUCUCUUCUUAGGGGUGCACCACCUUCACUCUCUUACGUUCCACUAAGGGUCACUGCCAACUCUCAAGCUGCUGCACCUGCUUCUACUGAAGCGGCGAAAGCGACGGCUGUGCCUAGUGAAAUGAAGGCCUGGGUAUAUGGGGAAUAUGGAGGUGUUGAUGUUUUGAAGUUUGAUGAGAAAGUGGCGGUUCCUCAAGUGAAGGAGGAUCAGGUUUUGAUCAAAGUGGUUGCUGCUGCCCUUAACCCUGUUGAUGGAAAGAGAAGACAGGGCAAGUUUAAGGCUACCGAUUCUCCUCUUCCCACUGUUCCAGGCUAUGAUGUUGCUGGUGUUGUGGUAAAGGUUGGAAGUCAAGUAAAGGAGCUAAAGGAAGGAGAUGAAGUGUAUGGAAACAUAAAUGAGAAAGCAUUAGAAGGGCCUAAACAGUUUGGUUCCCUUGCUGAGUACACUGCCGUUGAAGAGAAGCUGCUGGCAUUAAAGCCGAAGAAUCUGGAUUUUGCCCAGGCUGCUGGACUUCCUCUUGCUAUUGAGACAGCCUAUGAGGGUCUAGAGAGAACUGGGCUUUCAGCUGGUAAAUCCAUUCUCGUUUUGAAUGGUGCUGGUGGCGUUGGAAGCUUAGCGAUUCAGUUAGCGAAACAAGUAUUUGGUGCUUCAAAAGUUGCAGCCACUUCAAGUACAGGAAAACUUGAAUUGUUGAAGAGCUUAGGUGCUGACUUGGCUAUUGAUUACACAAAGGAGAACUUCGAAGAUUUACCAGAAAAAUUUGAUGUAGUCUAUGAUGCCAUUGGGCAAUGUGAUAGGGCAGUCAAGGCAGUGAAAGAAGGUGGCAGUGUCGUGGCCCUAACUGGUGCUGUCACACCUCCUGGUUUCAGAUUUGUGGUUACUUCCAAUGGAGAGGUUCUCAAGAAACUUAAUCCAUAUUUAGAGAGUGGAAAAGUGAAGCCAGUGGUUGAUCCCCAGGGGCCGUUCCCAUUUGCUCAGGUUGCUGAGGCUUUCUCUUACAUUGAAACGAAUCGUGCUGUUGGAAAGGUAGUUAUACACCCAAUCCCAUAAAUCCAGUAGAACAAAGAAAAGGGAAACAGCCAUUUUGUAUUGCAUGCUGCAAAUCCCUCUAUAGUUAAAUAAGAACAACAAAUGCCAGUUUAUAUCAAUGAAUUAAGACGUUAUGAGAUUUUGCAUGCUACGUAAUACGUUUCCUUGGUGUUUGGUAGAUUUCUCGUUAAGUUUGAAGAAUGAAGAAUCACAAAAAUAUCCUCUUCUUUAAAGGAAUGAAAAGGUCAAGCUAGUCUUCAUCAUCCAGAUAAACUGUUACGUUAUCAAGCUGCAUUUUUACGCAAUGGAAGGCCUUUGGUUCUGAUAGAAUGCCUUCAUGCUAUAUAUGUAUUUUCACAUACCUAGUCCUGGCGGCUGGUUGUUUGAGCCAAGAAGAGAAACGAAUGUCUUUCAAGGGAAUACUGAACAAUUAGAACUUGAAAUUUUAAAUUUAAAGUCUCGUAUUCAAACUCUAGGAGAUAAGACAACAGAAGUUCGUGGGACAAUCAGAUCAGCUCUCUUUGGUAGCUCACUCUUGAGGUUCAUGGACCGUCAUAUAUGUCCCAACUUGCCUAAGUCUGCCUGGCCUGGCAAUUUCUGGUUGGACUUGAAUACAAGCGCAAUGCCUCAAGCCUGGAACCUUAGAUGUGAACGUCGCUUCUGCUCAAAUUAUUCGUUAGCUGCUUGCCCUCCUAAGUCCUAGUCCUAUCCCUAACCUUAUCGAUACAGACAAGGCUGACCAGCAGCUUCUACGUGAUUGCCAACAAUGUGGAAAAUGGCUAUAUGCCUUCUGUCGCACUCGCAAUAAAUUCAGUGUGCAUGGGCCGCAUGUUGGUGUACAGAUAUAUGUCCUAUUGUCCUUA